AUGGCCCCGCGAUUUGCGCUCCUUUUCUUGCUCCUCUCCCUCCUGCCGCUCGUGCUUCCGCAUCCCACCCGCCUCCCCUCCGCACCUUGCGCAGCGCGGGUCGCCGCGCGGAGCCUCGAAGGCCGCGGGGCGCACCGCGUGCUGCGCACGUCGCUCCACGUGGCAUGCCGCGCCGAUUUGUUCCAUCCAAAUCAUCCAGGCGGUGCGCGCGUGGCGUGCGGAGAAGCGCCCGUUACUAGAACGGGGAGCCGCGGAUACAAUGGAAAUGGAAUAGAGACGGAAGGAGGGAGAACGAUCGGCAGAGAGGAGGAGCGGCCGACAGAUGGGUGCAGAGCGGUUCCAGAGCUCAUUAGCUGCACUGCUGCUAGUGAAUGCGUGGAAAGCAGUGGAGCAGCAGGGAGGACACGUGUCACAAUACGUUUGGAGCAACCCGUGCCACGUGGGCUGUACGCCGAUCCGUUUGAGCUGGAGCGAAUCCUUCGACCAGAGGGCGACCGAGCCUGGGUGGUAGGUCCGGUGGAGCUGGAGCAGCCUGCGCCACGGUGUGAGGCAACCGUGGCAGUGAUGGAAAGGGACGUUCGCGUGGGGGAGGGGAAGGAGGAUGGGGACGUGCGUGAGGGGGAAGACAAAGUCUCAUUCUCAGUGGAGUUCAGCCUGCCUCUGCACUCCCGUUACCCGGCUGUGCUGCCAGCUCUCUCUCCGCCGCUCUCCCCUCUCUCCCUCCUCUGCUCCACCGCUCACUCACUUCCCUGGAACCACUCCUCCCUCUCCUCCCUCUCCUCUCUCUCCUCUCUCAUCUCUCCCUCUGCCCUCUCCUCUCUCACGCUGGCCAUCACCGGCAGCUGCAGCCAAUCACACGCUGCAGUUUAUCACCAUCAUCCUCCGGCCCAGAUUCGCCUUCAUCAACCUCCGCAGCAGCAUCAUCCCCACCGUCCUCAGCACCACAUUCGCCCUCAUUAG